ACUCCACCACUUGCAUCGAUCCAUAAACACAAAACACUGCAUAAACUUGUCUUCUUUGAAUCUCAAGAUGAGUGGAAACAGCGCUGUUUCUCCAAGGUUGCAAGGAAAGGUGACCAUAGUAACCGGAGGCGCAAGCGGCAUCGGAGCAAGCGCGGCGAGCCUAUUCAACGACCACGGUGCAAAGGUCGUGAUCGCCGACAUCCAAGACGAUCUAGGAAAAACCCUAGCCGAGCAUCUCGGCCCCGACGUCACCUACAUCCACUGCGACGUCACGGACGAGGACCACGUCCGCGGCCUUGUUGACGCCACCGUGGCCAAGCAUGGCCGCGUGGACAUCGUGUAUAGCAACGCGGGCAUCGCAGAAAGAAUGGAUGCUAUCGUCGACGUAGACAAGGGCAAGCUCCAACGCACCCUUGGCAUCAACCUGGUCGGGGCCUUUCUGGCCGCGAAGCACGCGGCCAGGGUCAUGGUCCCGGCCAGGAAAGGAUGCAUACUAUUUACAGCCAGUGCGUGCACCGAGGUCGCCGGGAUCGCGGGGCACGCCUACGUGGCGUCGAAAUAUGGGAUCGUGGGGCUGAUGAAGAGCUUGGCAGUGGAGCUAGGAUCGCACGGAAUUAGAGCAAACUGUGUUUCCCCAUUUGGGGUAUUGACGGGGAUGGCGGCGAGAGACGACAAGGCAAAGUUGAUGUUCGAUGGCGUCAUGUCAGCAGUGGGGAAUCUCAAGGGGAAGAUUCUGACAGCGGAUGAUGUUGCAAAGGCGGCGCUUUACUUGGCUAGUGAGGAGGCUAGCUAUGUGAGUGGGUUGAAUCUUGUUGUAGAUGGAGGCUAUAGUGUUGUCAAUCCCACUCUUGCCAAUGUCACGAGUGCUGACCAAUCUUGACGUUACAUUUUGGAUUUAACUAAUAACUCACCUGGCUUGGGGAAAAAGUA